CUCAGUCCCCGUAUAACGCUUCUAACUUCAAUGUGUGCUAAAAUAAAUUGUGUUCAAGCAGAUCGCAAACCUUGGGAAGGCUUAGUGAACGCAAAAGAAGAUGAUGAAAUGCAAAUUACGGGUUACAAACGUUCACUAUUACGUACCACGUUUUGUUGGUUUUUCAUUUGCCUAACAGGCGGACUGUUGAGUCUUAUAAUGCAUUGGUGGCGUCAUUUGUAUCUAAUUGCAACCCACGAAAAGUGUUCAUUAGAUAUAGCUGAAAAGGUUUUGAUACAGGAACACUACCAAGGGAAACACGUUACAUAUUACGUGAAAGCAAUUCAAGAAAUAAAUGCUACCAUGUCGAUGAAAUCUCUACAGCUACAGGCAGGACUCUCUCCAUCUUUACUUGCUAAAAAUGGAUCUUCAGGGAAUGGAAACACAUUGACAUUACAAAAGCAGAGUGAAGUUGAAAUUGAUGAAAAGAGUUUUCACAUAAGUUUACAUUUUUCAUCAGGACAAUUUAAACAUACUAACCAUGUGAGAAUGUUCAAUUGCAAACAUUUGCGUUACGUGUGGGACAAACAAACGCAAUCAUUUAAUAAAUUAAAAGGACUUGAUGUAAAUGUGUCAAGCGCAUACUUUCAUCAACAGAGGGGUCUACCAGUACAGGAACAAUUAUCGCGGCGUUUAGCAUAUGGGCCAAAUGAAAUAACUGUUCCUUAUAAAAAUUUCAAGACUUUAUUAAUUUUAGAAAUGCUUAAUCCUUUCUACGUUUUUCAAAUAUUUUCUGUCAUAUUAUGGUUCACAUAUGACUAUUAUUACUACGCGUGUGUGAUACUGCUUAUGUCCAUGUUUGGCAUUGCCAUGUCAAUUAUUCAAACUAAAAAGAAUCAGGAUUCACUGCGAGAAACUGUACUAAAUAAAGGUUGUGCUUUGGUUGUAACAGAAACUGGAGAAACUCUUGAAACUGGCACUGAGUGGCUAGUUCUUGGCGAUGUAAUCGAAAUACCCACCAACGGAUGUGUUAUGCAAUGCGAUGCUGUGCUCUUAUCAGGCAAUUGCAUACUUGAUGAAUCAAUGCUUACAGGUGAAAGCGUACCGGUAACAAAAACGCCUUUACCAAUGAGGCGAGAUAUGAUAUACGACAAAAAAGAACAUGCAAGACAUACACUUUUUAGUGGAACAAAAGUUAUACAAACGCGUUAUAUUGGUUCUGAAAAGGUCUUGGCGAUUGUUAUUAAUACCGGGAAUAUAACAGCUAAAGGUGGUCUUAUACGUUCAAUACUCUACCCACCGCCAAUUGACUAUAAAUUUGAACAGGACUCAUAUAAAUUUAUUGAAUGUUUGGGUUUAAUUGCCUUGAUUGGUUUUAUUUAUACUUUAGUAACAAAGGUCUCGCGAGGUAUAGAUGCGGUCAAAAUUGCGGUGGAGUCCUUAGAUCUUAUAACAAUUGUUGUUCCACCAGCACUACCAGCCGCCAUGACUGUGGGUCGUUUUUAUGCACAAAAGCGCCUUAAGAAAAAAAAUAUAUACUGUAUAUCUCCGCGAUCCAUUAAUGUUGCUGGUAGUAUUGAUUGCUGUUGUUUCGACAAGACGGGUACUCUUACGGAAGAAGGUUUAGAUAUGUGGGGUGUAGUUCCGAAAACUGUUACAAAUGAGUUUCAAAUGCCCAUCAAACAGAUUGAACGUUUACCUUAUGGUAAUUUUUUGUUUGGGAUGGUAACAUGUCAUUCAAUAACUAUAGUGAAUGGAAAACUGAUGGGUGACCCACUGGACUUGAAGAUGUUUGAGUCUACUGGUUGGACUUUAGAAGACCAAAAAAAUGUGCCAGACUCUCAAAAGUAUAGUCUAAUUCAUCCUACCAUCGUAAGACAGCCUAGGAAAGAAAUUCUUCACGGGGAAUCGAAUAUUGCGGAAUCUUCAGUACAGCGUCAGUCUUCUAUUGACGACUUAUUGGCUGACGUUGGUUUACUUAAUGGUGAAACAAACAAUGAUCAUGGUAUUGUUCGAGAGUUUCCAUUCACUUCGAAUUUACAGCGGAUGUCCGUUAUUACCCGCCGUCUAAGUGGCUCAAAUUUCAACGUAUAUUGCAAAGGUUCUCCUGAGAUGAUGCAGCAGCUUUGCCAACCAAGCACUUUGCCAGAAAAUUACUCACAACAAUUAGCAUUUUUUGCAAAACGCGGAUAUCGUGUUAUCGCAAUGGCUUUUAAAAAACUUAGUUCCAAAAUGAGUUAUAUUAAGGCACAACGUUUGGCACGUGAAAUAGUUGAAAGUGAUCUUGAGUUUCUUGGUUUCGUUGUAAUGGAAAAUCGCCUAAAACCGGAUACAAGUAAGGUGAUCGCAUCAUUAACCAAUGCCAACAUUCGUACAGUUAUGAUAACCGGAGAUAAUCUCUUGACGGCGAUAAGUGUAGCACGUGACUGUGGUAUUGUUUCGUCGGACCAAGCGGUUGUCACUGUAAACGCACGAAAAGUGCUUCAGAAAGAGUCACAUGCUUAUGAACUUUACUACACACUUGAUAUAGGUGGUUGUGAAAAUGUUACUAAAGAUUUAGUAAACAUAUCGGAUAUAAUAUCAUUGCAAUCUUCGGGCGCUAAUUCUAUUGAUGGAGUUUGCGAAACUGAGAAUUACCAAAUAUUUAAUGGUGACAUCUCAUCAUUGAGUAGUUUAUCAAUGACACUACCAAACAGUAAUAGCCUAACGAGUGUAGAGACUUGUGAAACAUGGACACACCAAGAUCCAGAAUUAGGUGUUGCUAGCUGUAAACAUGAGAAAAAAUGUCAUCGUCCUACCUGGCGGAACAAUUACAGAUUCGCAAUGAUUGGUAGAACAUGGCAGAUUGUACGAGAAAAUUUCCCGAAUGAAUUGAAAAAUUUUGUGGUACGUGGCGCAAUUUUUGCGCGUAUGUCACCGGACCAAAAGCAGGCUCUAAUUAUAGAUCUUCAACAGCUUGACUACUGCGUUGCUAUGUGUGGUGAUGGUGCAAACGACUGUGGUGCCUUAAAAGUUGCACAUACAGGUAUAUCGCUAAGCGAAACUGAGUCUGCAAUUGCCUCACCAUUUACAUCGCGUAAUGCAACAAUUGAUUGUGUGCCAUAUGUCAUAAAGGAAGGAAGAGCUGCACUAGUUACAUCAUUUGGUAUAUUUAAAUACAUGGCUGCUUAUUCUAUGGUGCAAUUUAUAUCAGUUAUGAUAUUAUACUCCAUUGACUCCAACUUAACGGAUAAGCAGUAUUUAUAUGUUGAUUUAGGAUUAAUAUCUGUGUUCGCAUUCUUUUUUGGCAAAACGGGCGCAUACGUUGGACCACUCGCUAAACAAGUUCCUUUAAACUCGCUUAUCUCCUUAGCUCCAUUAGCAUCAAUAAUAUUGCAUUUACUUGUCGUAGUUGGAUUCCAAAUGGCUGGUUGGUAUCAGUUGCAUCAACAAGACUGGUUUGUUGCUUUCAAACACAGUGAUGAAGAUCACUUAGGAUGCUACGAAAACUACACUAUGUUUGCCAUAUCCAGUUUUCAGUAUAUUAUACUUGCAUUUAUAUUUUCAAAGGGAGCGCCAUAUCGAAAACCAAUUUGGUCGAAUGUUCCUUUCUGUUUUUCAUUGGUUACAAAUCUUGCAAUUGUUUGUUAUUUAGUAUGUUAUCCUUCGCAAUGGAUAAGAGACUUUUUCCAACUUGUUGUACCUAACAAUUUCCGCUUUCGAUUUUGGAUGUUGUUUUAUGGAGCUGCCAACUUUUUAGUACAUGUCAUUGUUGAGAUAUACGUCGUUGAUUAUUUACUCUUUCAAAAAGUGCAACUGAACCGCGAAAGAAAUAUGAAAAAAUCGCAACGAAAAUAUAUGCACGUCGAAUAUGAUUUGCGAUGUUGCAAAACAUGGCCGUCAAUAACACAGUCAUGUCAGGCAUUCGAUUCUUCAACUCUACUUACAGAAAUUAAACCAACGUAUGUUGAAAUAAGAGCUGAACAAAACUUCGACACGCCAGCAUCACAAAAUAAUGCAUUAAAUAGUUUCUUCGAAGCGGAAUCAAUCCAAGCUAUUCAAACCUUGCCAACGGUAGCCGAAUGUAGCCUACUUAGUGAGUCGGAACCAACCAAGUUGCUGUUGAGGGAUAAGCAAAUGAGAGGUAGUGAUGCUAAUGUAAUCCAAAUUUCAUGAGAUUUAAAUGUUGUCACUGCAAUAACUUUAAGUUUACUUUUUAUUUUAAACUUUAGUUACUUGCGUAUAGUGAGGUAUUUAUUUUGUAGAUUAAUUGUUAGCUGUGUUAGUUUUAAUGUUUCAAUUAUAUUCACAUCUAAUUCGUAUAUAAUAAAUAUGGGUUGGUUUAGUAAG